UCUGUCUAGAAUGUCCUGAAACACUGCUAUUCCCCUAACCCUCGGAAUUCGUUUUGUCUGGUUUGCGAAACACACAACUCCGAAGGUUCCCUUCACUUGUGGACUGGCUCUCCUACAAAUACCUAACCAUAUGUUAACACCAAAGAGUUUAAUAACAGAACUUCUGAGGGCUGGGUAUAGACUGUCCGUCUCGUUAACCCUUUUGUAAAUUUUGCUUACCUACCUUACAACUUGCUUCAAAGCGGAGAGCAGAGAAAUGUCGGCCCAAGAACCUCCAAGCAAGCAAGAUGAGUUCUGGAUAUUUGGCUACGGAAGUUUGAUCUGGAAGCCGCCGCCGCAUUUUGAUAGAAGAAUCCCGGGCUGGGUCGAAGGCUACGUACGCCGGUUCUGGCAGGCGAGUGAAGACCACCGUGGCACGCCCUCCGCACCCGGCCGCGUCGUCACCCUGAUCGAGCGCUCCUACUGGGCCUCGCUCGCCGAUCGCCACGACUCGGCGCCCGCCAAGGUCUGGGGCGUGGCCUACCGAAUCAAGGCCGACCGCGUCGCCGAAGUCAAGGAGUACCUCGACAUCCGGGAGAUUAACGGGUACACGAUUCACUGGACCCCGUUCCAUCCAGCCUCCGACGUAGACCCUGCCUUGCUCCCUCCAGCGCAAAAGGGUCCCAUCCAGACCCUGGUUUAUAUCGGUACACCCGACAACGCCCAGUUUACGGGACCGCAGGACCCGCAGGAGCUUUCCGAACACAUCUAUCGGAGCAAAGGGCCGAGCGGUCUGAACCGCGAUUAUCUGUGGGGGUUAGAGAAGGCCUUAGAUGAGCUAAGUCCUGAGAGCAGCGAUGAGCAUGUAAAGGACCUGUCAAACCGGGUGAGGGCGGUGGCCGCGCGGUAUAAGAGUGAAGGAAAGGCCGACCCGACCGACGAGACUGAUGCCGCGACCGACGUGAUCGAGGUAAACGGAACAACAGAAGGGACACACGACAAGCACCACCACCAGUUCAGAAGAGCUGGCAGCGUAGAUGAGCAGGAGGAAACCGAGAAAACAUCAUAGACGGAAAGAAGUCCGAUGACGACCCCAUAGGGAAGUCCGCAAACCUCUCAUUUUCAAAGGACAACAUAGGAAGAUGCUUUCUCCUCCACC